UCGUGGUGGCGUCACGCAGUUGAGGAAGAGUUUGGCCUGCGACCUGAGUUAGUUGUCAGCAGUGAGAAAAACAGUUUUUGUUAUAUAUAUGUGCUACAGCUUGCUGAAAGCUUACAAUAACUUUAGUAUUUCUAUAUACGUCAUUGGUCGUCUGUUCGCUUUUCAUUUUGUACGUAGUUAGCUUAGCUUGCUAACUGUGUCAGACCUUAGUUAUUAUAAGUUAAGGUUGAAACAGAAAGCAUUCACAUGGCGUUAAUCCUAUUUACAAGGUCCAGAACACCUUUAGUGAAAACGUCAAAGUCGCUCAGAAGUGACUUUCGAAAAACAAAAGGAAAACUGCAAGAUGCUUUCUGUUUGAACUGCACAACACGCAGGCUCUCCAGUACAAAACUUGACAAAGUCAUAGUUUGCGGCUCGGCCCAUGUCUCUUCAGUCAGCACUUCCCUCAAUGUUCCAGGUGCCUACAUGGGUCACUGCCAGACCCUGGAUUCAGAGCGGCUCUACUGCCCUUUUAUGUUUGGGUCCUCCCGUCCACUAUAUCCUGCAGUUUCAGUGGGGGCACGGUGGGCUUUUGAACGGCCACAUGAUAUUUCUGCUGUCAGAUGGGUACACACCACAAGUAGUAGGUGUGAUGACUCCAAAAUAGAGAAGUCACUACGCUCAUUAAAGGACAAAAAGAAGAAACUAGAGGAAGGAGGACCCGUGUAUAGCCCGACACAAGACCUUCAUCCUGUCAGAACGACACUCCGACAGUGGGUUGUAGAUGAAGUCAAGCACUACUAUCAUGGCUUCAGAUUACUGUGGAUAGACACCACUAUUGCUGGGAGAAUGCUGUGGAGGGUGCUCAAUGGACAUGCUCUAUCUCGCCGUGAGAGGAAACAGUUCCUAAGAACAUGCGCAGAUGUCUUCAGACUUGUCCCCUUCCUGGUCUUCAUCAUCGUCCCCUUCAUGGAGUUCCUGCUUCCAGUAGCCCUGAAACUUUUCCCCAACAUGCUGCCGUCCACUUUUGAAACACAGUCAAAGAAGGAGGAGAGGUUGAAGAAGGAACUGAGGGUCAAACUGGAGAUGGCCAAGUUUUUGCAGGACACAGUUGAGGAGAUCGCUUUGAGGAACAAGGCUGCCAAAGGCAACGUGACUGAGGAGUUCUCGACCUUCUUCCAGAAGAUCCGUGACUCUGGGGAGCGCCCUAGUAAUGAGCAGAUCAUCCGGUUUUCCAAAUUGUUUGAGGAUGAGCUGACUCUGGAUAACCUGACAAGACCACAGCUGGUUGCACUCUGCCGUUUGCUUGAGCUCCAGUCCAUUGGAACAAACAACUUCCUUCGCUUUCAGCUUAUCAUGAAGCUCAGGGCCAUUCGUGCUGAUGACAAGCUGAUAGCAGAGGAGGGAGUGGAGAGUCUGAACGUGAAUGAAGUGCAGGCAGCCUGUCGUGUCCGAGGGAUGAGGUCUCUUGGAGUCACUGAAGAUCGACUGAGAGAACAACUCAGCCAGUGGCUGGAACUGCACCUGAAUCAGCAGAUUCCCACCUCUUUGCUGCUGCUGUCUCGAGCCAUGUAUCUCCCAGAUACGCUGUCUCCUGCCGAUCAGCUGAAAACCACACUUCAGAUUCUUCCUGAGAUGGUGACCAAGGAGGCCCAGUUGAUGGCAGCAGAGCUGGAACUCUCCAAAGUGGACAAUAAAACGAAGGUGGAAACAACACUGCAAGAGGAGGCGGCCAUACGCCAAGACAACAAGGACCGGGAAAUGGAGAGGAUGGCUGAUGCUGCAGAGAAAGCUGUCAGGGAGAGUGAGUUGGAACUUGAAGCAGAGGGGAUCAAGCACAGCGGAGUUGACAAGGAGGUGGAGCUGUCUAAGGUUGAUGUGGUUGGCUCGUCUGAGACACUGAGGGACACAGCGCCUGUCCUAGAAGGAACUAGGGGUGAGGAGAUUUCUAAAGAAGAGAUUGACUUGUUGAGUGAUGCCUGCUCAAAGUUGAAGGAGCAGAAGAAGCUUCUGACUUUGGAGAAAGAGGAGCUUGAAGAGUUAAAGGACGAUGUGCAAGAGUAUAAUGAGGAUUUAGAAGAGAUAAAGAAAGAGCUUUCAGAAACUGGACAGGAGAAGGCAAUAGAAGAGUCCAAAGCCAGCCAACGCCUCUCUAAACGAGUUAACCGUAUGAUAGGGCGCAUUGACAAGAUCAUCCUUGAGUUGGAGAAGGACAAGGUCAUUCUGGAUGGACAAAAGGAGAACGGGACCAAGCCACCUGUUGGUCUGUUCUACACCUUUAGGGAGAACCUCGUCAGCAUUGACGAGCUCAUCAGCGUGAUGCGGCAGGUCCAGAACAUUCCAGAGCACAAGCUUCAAAAAAUUGCUGAUGCACUCGAUGACAACAAGGAUGGACAAGUUGACAUUGAUGAUGUUAUCAAAGUGUUGGAACUGAUCGACAAAGAAGACAUAGACAUCUCCACCUCACAGGUGUCUGAUAUCAUGGCGAUGUUGCAGAAAGAAGAGAAGCUGGUGGACAAGGAAAAGGCCAAAGAGAAGGCAGAAAAGGAACACGCAGCCACCGUCAACAGUUAAUUAAUUUGGUUCAGAUAGUUGUGAGCGUAACCCCCUGAAGUGAGUGGAGCUGUACUGGUCAUGAAAACACUGGACAUCAAAUCAUUCUGAACAAACUGGUGAUGUCAUAAGAGUCAUAAGGUAAAGGAUGUCUUUUCAAAAUGUUAUAAUAAAUUACACUCUUCUAAGCUUAUUUUAAAAAGAUGGGAGUUUAAAAAAAGUCUUGCACAAAAUCACACAAAAAAGGAAACUUAAAUUGCCUUUUUUCUUCAUUUAAUUAAAUUAUUUAUUAAGAGAGAGACACAGAUCUGUAUCCAUGAUCUAUCGGUCUUCUAAUAGGAUUGGUAGAAAUUAAUCUACAUGAUGUUUGGAAAAUAUAUUAUCACAUUUAUUGUUCAGAUGUGUAGUGAAUCGUCUUGCCUUUGAUUUCACUUAUCUUAUUAGAUUUAUGAGAUCAUUUCUUGGCUUUGCAUAGUACAUAUCACGGUCAUCACAGUCAUUCCACAAGCCUUUGUUUCUUGGAUGUUUGUUUUUUCCCUUUACAACUGCCCAGUUUCCACCGUAUUGUAAAGUAGCGAUGCAUUUUUUAGUAAAUAUAGGUUGUGGCUGGUUGCACGAUCUUCCGAUCUUUACGAAGGGAUCAUUAGCUGUAACAAAAAUUAUAAAGCGGAUUUCAAAUAAAUGAUACAAUGCCACUUCAGAAUGAAGUAAAUUAAUUCAUGUUGUCUGAUAGUGAAAAAUAAAUAAAAUAAAUACAUUUAGGUUUUUUGACAUCUAUAUUAAAAAAAAACCCAAAAAACUUCCUUGUAAAUUUUUCAUGCUCUAUGCUUUGUCCUCCUGCACCUUGUUUGUUUUGA